GUGCUAUUGCUAUUAUUUAUGUGAAGAUUUUAAUCCUGCUAUACAGUAUCAAAAUCAGCAGAAAUGUUUAAAUAAAACAGAAAGAAUGGGGACUUUAGAGUAUAAGCCUUUGGUAUAAUUUUUAAAAAAUUGGGCAGAAAAAGUGUGUGCCUCUUCUAAAGAUAUAAAGGAAGUUUUAUUGAUUUAUUUUUAAGUGCUGUGGGGAUGAGAAAUGGAUCAAUAACAGAAAUAAUGUACCUCAAUAACUAAUAAGAUUAUCCCUGCCUUCAGAAAUUACAACCAGGAUACUGUCACCAAAGCAGAAAUCAAAGAAUGAAAAAAGAAAAACAACUGAAAAUAAUUUUCUGGAAAUUAUAAGAAUUAUAAACUAUAUGGGUGUACAUAACAUACAGAAUCUCUAUCGGAAUUAAGUAUCCACAAAUUUGCCCUAGCAUAGAUUGCAUUUUCUCUGAAUAAUCUGUAUGGGGUAGCGAUGGGGUAGAAAGGAAAAGUCAGUCAGUUCCCGGAUUGUUAUAAUUCCUACACUCUUUCUGACAUUCUUCUCUGUUUCUUCCUGUCUCUCUCUCUCCCUUAGAGGUUGCCACCCAUCUCUUUAUAUUUAUAUUUCUAAAAUUUUAUUUGAAGUGUGACAUAACAUCCUAGCCGAAUGUGGAAGAACUACUGUACACCUUUUAAGGUACUAGCCAGUGGUGGGACUCAGUCAGUUUGCACCACUUCGGGAGAACCGGUUGUUAACUUUCUGAGCAGUUUGGCAAACUGGUUGUUGGAAGAAAUCAUUAGGGCAGAGAACCGGUUGUUAAAUUACUUGAAUCCCACUACUGGUACUAGCAUAUUCAAUGCAGUGGUGUCAUAUAACUUUGCGCCCUGUUUCAGACAAAGUUCUGUGUGAUUACUCUUCCUCCCCCCCCAGUUUUCACACUGCAAUUUGGGCCAUCUUAUAUUUUAAAAUAUUUGAUGAAACCGUAGCUAAUGAAAGAAGGACAAAAGUGUCAUCAGGCCAAUGGAAAUCACACACACUCUAGAUUCAGUCUGGACCUAACAGGUGUCAUGACAUUCGCUUGAAUCAAGCUUUGCCCUGGAUCAUCUGACACCUGAUCAAGGCUUCAUAUCUUAGGCCCAAACAAACCCUUGGUCUUACCUCAGUCUAUAUUAGGGAAUAUCAGUAUAUUAGGGAAAAGAAAAAGUAGACUACAUAAAUUUUUUUCUAGUGAGUGUUAGUAGUAGUGAGUUUUGGAUGUACAAUACAGUGGGUUCUAUUUGAAUUCUAGGAAAAAAGACUUCUUAACAAUAAGAGCAGUUUGACAGUUCAACCAAUUUUCAAAGAACUGGUGAGCAAAUCUUCCCUGGAUGUGUUCAAAUAGAAGCUGAACAUUCCUCUGUUCUGGAUGCUUCAAUUUUGUCAGAGCUGCAAUUUGAAUCAGUGAUGGCCCCUUCAAGCUCUAUAAUUCUAUGUAACAAAACCAUACUGUUUCAUCUCUGGACAGAUGCUAUAAAUAGCUGCUUCCCUGAGGAAUGAUAGAUGCAGUGCAGUGAUGCUAUAAGAGAAGUAUUUAAAUCUACCCUUAAGCUGUGUCAUGCUUGCUAGCCACUGAAGAGAUUGCUAAUCUGUAGAAAGAAAAUCAGUGAGGGUUUUUAGCUGAUCAUUUGGAUGAAGGGCUAAUUACAUAACCUUUUAGCUAAAAGGAAUUGCUCUGUUUCCAUGGUUCAUAAAUUACCAGUGUGAAAGGAAAGGAUUAUUGGUCACAAUAGAAGUUGGGCUCCUUUUUCUACAUUCAUUACAGUUUUAGUAAAGAAAUAUGCAAGCUGCAUUUUCAAUUUAUGUGAAAUCACUUCAGUUUCCAGAAUAUUUCUGAUUGCAAUUGCAUUAGGCUCAGAUGUUUGGCUAAAGACUUUUUUUCCUUGAUAGUUAUAAAUUGAGUGUGGAUCCUUAGGAAUAUUUUUAAGUCUUUAAUUAUUAGUUAUCAUAUUUUUAAAAUACAUAGAGCAAGCAGCUUAACAGAAAGAAUACAUCAAGGGAAGACUUCAGAGCAGAAACUCAGAUUCCAAGUUAGUAGAAUAAGCAGCUGGCUUUUAACAUUUUGAAUAAUUAGAGCAAUAUACAUAGUCAUUAUAUGUCCUUUAGAAGAACACAUCUAAAAUUCUCAUUAUAUUUGCAGAAUUAGAACUGUGUCUAUCAUGGAAAUAUGUUUAUAUUAUAUUUAUCCUUCAUCUCAUUUAGAGUUUCAUGAUUUCUGUAGGUUACCUGACCUAGCUGCUACACACUGCAGAAGUGAACAUUCUUCUUUUGUCACAGCCACAUUCCUUCAUGAGGACCAUAUGAUAACUGGUGAUAAACCAAGCAGGGAGUUUAUCAAAAAAUUAUUACCUUUUCUUCCUCCUGUUUGCUUUCUGACAACUUCUUCUGCCUUUUUCAAGCAUAAGACUUGGGAUGGAACAAAUUGUUCUUGCUAUUCUCUAAACUAAUUCCUUGUACACAGAUUUUAUGGAAAGCGUUUCAAUUUAAACCAAAGGCUGCUUGAAAAUAGACCAAGGCCACAUGUCUCCCUGGGUUGCAAGAUAUUUAGCUCAUGUUAAAGUAUAUCCCAUGUACAUUUACAUAUGAAUUAGCCUCAAAGAGUUUUAUAUCCAGUGAAGUAUGUAGAUUUUUCAUGAUACUCCUGGUUUUUAAUGUUCUUUCCUAUUUCUUUUAAUAUAAGGAUUGAUUGAUUAUGUUCAAUCAAUCAGGUUGUUGUCAACUUUUAGUGACCACAUUAAUAGAUUUUUUUAAAAAAUAUAAAUAAUUAAAACAGUCAUUUAGAAAAGUAAAACUAGGUAACCUAAUUUGGAGCCCUGUGCUUCUUGACAAUGCUUUUCUGAAUGUUCACUGCAACAGAAGGAUAGAGGUGGAUGAAAUUACCAAUGGAAAUUCUUGAAUGUAAAUUGAUGCCUUGCUUGUGAAUCCACAUGGACACUGUUAGCAGACUUUUCUUCAAGUACAGUUUCUAUCAACUUUUCCUGUGGUGCUUUCAGUAAAUUUUCUGUAACUGUCAAUUUCAUAUCUUUUAAUGGAUGAUCAAAGAAGUGACAGAUCUAUUAACCCUGAAGAUGAAUUAAGCGUAUCAAAUAUAUCAGUUCAAAGAUCAGAUUCUGAAGAAAAAUGGGAAAGACUCACAAAAAAACUCAACAAGACAUCAAAAUCCAAAAGGAAAGCUAAAAGGGACAAGUCUGCCUGGAAUUUUCAAAAUAAAAUAAUCUUGUUUACAAUAGUUCUCUUCAUUAUCGGGGUAAUAAGUUGGACAUUAUUGUGGCUUUUUAUUGAUGAACAGCAAGUCACAAGUAUAGUCUACAAGAGAGAUCCUUUCCAGAGAAAAGCUGGGAAGCUGGGUUCUCCUUGCAGUUGAGGCAGAAAACAAAGAUGCUUUGUAUUUUGUUGGACUAUUUCGUGUUGCCAACAUUGAAUUUCUUCCAGAAUAUCGGCAGAAAGAAUCUAGGGAGUUCCUUUCAGUAGCACAGAAUGUGCAACAAGUGAUGAAUCUGGUGUAUACCAAAUCUGCUUUCUCAAAAUUUUACAAGCAAUCCAUUGUCUCUGAUGUCAGCAAUAACAACAAUGGGGGACUUCUUGUCCAUUUCUGGAUUGUGUUUGUGGUACCACAGGCAAAAGGCCAAAUAUUUUGUGAAGACUGUGUUGCAGCUAUUUUAAGAAAUUCAAUUCACACAAGCAUCACCAAUCGAACCUCAGUAGGGAGUCUUCAAGGCCUUGCAGUGGAUAUGGAUUCCAUUGUACUCAAUGUUGGGCUUCGAUCGGAUUACUCUUCAACAACAGGAACAGGUGCAAACUGCAUCUAUGAUCUGCAUGCAGAUGUCUUGCAUCAACAUUUUCCAUUGGACUUUUUGGAAACAUCAGGAAGGAUGAUCUGUUAUUUUAAACUGAUUGCGUUGGUUGGCUACUUAAUUCGCCUUUCUAUAGCAUCCAUUCGGAUUGAAGCGGACAACUGCAUUAGUGAUUCAUUGACCAUUUAUGACUCCCUAAUGCCAAUAAAGAGUAAGAUAUUAUAUCGAAUAUGUGAACCUUCUAAUUCAUGGAUAUCUUUUGUUUCUACAAAUAAUAUGAUGUUAGUUAUGCUGAAGUCCACACAAGUUAGGCAAAUGAAGGAAUUUCAUGGCUACUUUGAGAUGAUUCCACAAGAAAAAUGUGGAAAUACUAUAUUUGCAUUAGGAAGUUCCGGAUUUGAAGGGCAAAUCAUAAGUCCCCAUUAUCCCAGCUAUUACCCUCCAAAAUGUAUUUGCAUGUGGACUUUUCAGGCACCUCAGACGAACUUUGGUAUUGCCCUGAUGUUUCAUAAUUAUAUGAUCAGUGAAAAAAGCAUUAAAGGCUGUGAACAUGGAUGGUGGAAAAUUAAUGAGCUAAUGUAUUGUGGCUACUACAUUGAUCAUCGAACGAUAUUCCGUGUGGCAAACUUGGUGGUUAACAUGGAAUUUCAGUGCAGUUCCAAGCUUUCUGAACAUCCCUUUCUUGUGGAAUAUGGAAGUUACAAUAUCAGCCAGCCUUGUCCACUUGGGUCUUUUGAAUGCCACAGUGGGUUAUGUAUCCAACAAAUUCAGCUUUGUGAUGGAAUCAAUGACUGCUUUGAUGAAAGUGACGAAUUGUUUUGUGACAUACCCCCCAAAAAUUGUAGUAGCAACUUCUUAACACAGCACCAUUCUUUUAUCUGUGAUGGAAUAAAUAACUGUAAAGAUGGUCAGGAUGAAUUACAUUGCACAGAAAGCAUUCCCUGUACCAGCAAUACUUUUAAAUGCAACAAUGGCAUUUGCUUCAGGAAACAAAAUGCGAGAUGUGAUGGAAUCCUGGACUGCCUUGAUCGAAGUGAUGAAAACAAUUGUAGCUGUGGCAGUACUAGAUAUAACAACACUCACAACCGGAUUGUGGGAGGUUCUGAGACCAAUGAAGGAGAAUGGCCCUGGCAAGCCAGCUUGCAUUUUGCUGGAGUUGCUUAUUGUGGCGCCUCUGUGAUAUCAAAUGAGUGGCUUCUCUCUGCCGCCCAUUGUUUUCAGGGGAACAGGUUAUCAGAUCCUAGAAUUUGGACGGCUCACUUGGGAAUGCACAGAAAAGGAAAAGCCAAAUUUGUGUCCACUUUGAAGAGAAUCAUUGUCCAUGAAUAUUAUAACAGUCAAAAUUAUGAUUAUGACAUUGCUCUGCUACAAUUAAGCACCCCAUGGCUUGAGACAAUGAGAUGGUCAGUUGGGCCAAUAUGCUUACCUCCCACCAUACACAAUGUGCACCCUGGAGAAAAAUGCUGGGUAACAGGCUGGGGACAGAAGCAGGAAACAAAUGAUGACACACCAGCAAUUUUACAGAAAGCAGAGGUGGAAAUUGUGGAUCAAACAGUUUGUCAUUCAACAUAUGGGCUUAUCACAAGUCGCAUGCUGUGUGCUGGAAUAAUGUCUGGAAAAAGGGAUAGCUGCAAAGGAGACUCUGGAGGACCUCUAUCAUGUCGAAAUAAAGGUGACGGAAAAUGGUUUUUGAUGGGAAUUGUUAGUUGGGGCUACGGUUGCGGAAGACCCAAUUUCCCAGGAGUGUAUACAAGAGUGUCAAAGUUUGCUACAUGGAUACAAAAAUACAUGCCUUCAGUUUUUAGCUAGUAGUGAUUAUAUUCCAAAAGCUAUGAAACAUUGUUAUUAAAACCAUAUUUAAUAAAUUAUUAUGUUUUAA